UUGUGGCUGGAGGCAGUAGUAGGACCACGGUGAAGGAUACACGGGAUUAUUUUGUUGCUCAAAAUAUUUUUUUUCCUAAGUAACUUACUCUGAAACUAAAUAUUAAUUGUGCAUUGGUGGAAGUAUGCGCCUGUAGCGAAAUCCCUGCAGCUUUUUUUUCUUUUUCCUCAGUGAUUUCAUCCAUCACCAGCACUGCGCGCCUUGGUGCGCCUCCCUGACUCACGGUUGUCUCCUCGUUUUCACACCAUGUGGAUUAUUUUGGCGUUUAUUUUUGCAGCCGUCCGUCCCGAGGGGAGCUGGGGGUGUCAGCUACCCCAUGACUGGAGACCGCAGACGGAAGCGUGCCGUGCCGAGCUGGCGGAGAUCAUCGUGUUUGCCAAGGUGCUGGCGCUGCACAAGGAGUCGUACAGCGUGUAUAACUAUCUGCCGUGGCAGCACGACACUGACCUGCUCUUCUCCGCCGAGAUUGAGCUCCUGUGCGAUCAGGCGUGGGGCAGCAUGCUGGAGGUUCCUGCGGGUUCCAGGUUUAAUGUCACCGGCCUCGGUUACUUCCCCUGCUUCUCCUACAGCGUCACCAAAGACAACAACUACUACUUCUUCCUAAGGAUGGAUGAGAAUUACAACAUCGUCCCCCAUGGAGUGAACUUUCAGGACCCCAUCUUUACCGACACCGCAGAGAAUCACCGCAUGUUUGCUAGCCUCUUCCAGUUUUCCAACUGCACGCCUGGAACUCAAGUCCACACCUUUACCCCGGAGUGGGAGGCUCAGGAGGACAGCCGGUUGCUGUGCUCCACCGUGCAGAAAGCUCUGUUUGAGGAGGAAGAGAGGGUGAGGACCCUCUCCCAGAAAGUGCGUUCCUUGGAGAAAGCCAACGGCCACCUGAGGGAAAAGGUGAAAACCAUGAAACGUCUGCUACGCCAGGCUCAGCGAGAAACAACAAAAGAGCAGCAAACCCUCAGCUUCAAACAGAUUUACGAAUCGAAGAAGCCGCAAAGUCACCCCGAUCAGGACACGACCCAGGACCAAAAGAACCAGCCGAUUAAAAAGGCCCUCUCCAAAAAGCUAAAAAAUUAGAGCUUCUUCCUGUUAACUGACGGAGAAGUGCUCUCUGUGAAGCAUUAGUGGCAGAUCAAACUGAAACAAUAGCAAGUGAAAUGUUGGGCGAGGUGACAGAAAGAUCUAAGAACUCAGAAUAAGCACGAAAGCCACUGUAUUCUUCAUGUCUUCCACAAGAUUCGCCUUAUUUUCAAAGAAGCAUUCAUUUUAACCCGCAGAAUGAUUCCUCUGCUUUGCUCAUGCAACAAAGUUUAGUGCCUCACUCUUUAGUUUGUGGUUCAGUUGAUCUGUGCCAGUGACGUCAUUGUUUCUCUGCACGACUGUACUGUCACCUAAUCUACCCACAACUUAUACCAGUGUGUACCGUUUCAGUUUAUUUCAAGUGGCCGCACAAACAACUACUAGAAAGCUCAUAGUUCAAAGCUUUUGAAUGCCCAAACAACAGGGAGAUAAUGUUCAAACAUUGGAAAUGAAAUAUCUAAAUCUGAUAUUUCUUGUUUCUGUGCUGGACACAAGCAUUGUAUACAUUUUAGAAUUUGUUUUAUUUCUUGCUUUUGCUGUCAAAAUCCUUCAAAUCAAACGUUGACUUUUGAGAGGAUAUGUGACAGUGUGGCAUGUAUUGUUUUAAAUGAUCCUACGUUUCCUGCGAGUGCUGAGGUACAAAUAACCUUUUAUUAACUCAGAAGUUUGUAAGUGCAUGGCAUUAGGUUGACUUCAGAUGCUCACAAUUACUGGCUGUGCAAGCUGGUGAGCUAAAAUAAGCAUGUGUGGGGUAAGUGGUUACAGGCCUGCAUAUUGAUCUAGUUCUCUUUACGAGGAGCAACAAAUAUACCAAAGAAUAAGGUGUGAAAAAUAUUUUUAAAUUCAGUAUUUGUUUGUGGGGUGGUUUCCCCCAAGAGUGCAUUUUUCCAAGUUCACAUUAAUCUGUGAUUUGUACUGAAUCAAAGUGUCAUUUUUGUAUAUAACAGGGUGCUGAGCACCCAUUAAUUCCAGCCAGUGAGCCUGGCAUGGUACGGGAUUGGCUUUUUCUGUGUCAGAAAAAAAAAGGUUGCUUUUGUUAUACAUUCUGUAUUUGCUUUUGAUAUGAUCUUGCUCUCUCUACAAUGUAAACACCUGGCUUGCCUCGCCGAUACAAUAGCUUUUGUAAUAGUGACUGUAGC